AUGUUCAGCCGGAGACGAGGUCAUAAGAGCAACGAGAUCGCCUGCAUCUUCGUCCACGCAGGCGCCGGCUACCACAGUCAGCAGAACGAAAACGUGCAUCUCCAGGCCUGCAACGAUGCCGCCAAAGCUGCGAUGUAUCUGAUGAGGAACGGCGGUUCCGCGGUGGAUGCGGUGGAGAUGGCGAUCAAGGUUCUGGAAGACCGCGAAAUCACAAAUGCCGGGUACGGCAGCAAUCUCACUAUGGAUGGUGUUGUUGAGUGUGAUGCCGUGGUCGUCGAUCACUUUGGCCGCAGCGGAGCCGCUGGAGCCGUGGCCCAAAUCAAGAAUCCAAUCUCCCUCGCUCGCCUACUCCUCGAUCGCACCACCCAAACCCUCUCCCUCCGUCGCGUUCCGCCAAAUCUCCUGGUAGGGCAGGGUGCCACCGACUUUGCAUACGAGCAUGGCAUGCCCGUCCUUCCCCUCGACUGUCUCAUCUCUCCGGCUGCAAGUGACCGCUGGCGACGAUGGCGUGAAGAUCUCGAGCGGGCGGAACGACACAAAAAGCACGAUGAGCCUGACCGCUAUCCCCUCUCCCCCUACCCAUCUCAAACGCCCCUCGCAAACCACCCCGGCUACUCGGACGAGACUGAACGAAUGCGAAGAGCACACACAUAUGCCAUGCGAGCGAGUGUCUGGAACGAGGCGCAACCCAUCUCCCCUCCGCCCCCGGAUACAAAAGAGCUAGACGAGGCUUCAUCUUCGUCUCCAUCAAAGACCACUUCGUCCCGAUCGAUGGAAUUGUCGGAUGAAACAGACUUUACCAGCUCAGAUCGACCCGAAGAAUACAUGGACCCGUACGGCCCGCCUGGCAUGCUUGAGAAUGCUUCCAAGAACCCCUUCAACAACAGUACACAGAAGAUGCUCGCUCCAAUGGCAUUGGGAAGAGGGGGCGAUGGUAGAAGCUUGUUCUCUUCUCCCGAUUCCGACUUUGACAUGGACCUCCCCGAUGUCGCACGCUCAUACAAGCAAGCAGUAUCGGUGGGCCCGACCGCACGCCGCAAUGUAUGGCAGGAUGGCUCAUCCGAUUCUGACUCCGACUCGACGACUCUGGGAAUCACCAUUGCCGAGAGCAACACCGAACCCCGUGAGCUUCAUGGCGCUACACUGUUCCCGAUGCCUGAUCGUCUGAGUAACCAAGCAUCAAGCAUGCUCCAAUCCUCGGCGAAUGCUCCUCUCCCUGCUCCCAACCCUUCAGAGAUGGCGGACGACAAGGAGGAUGUCAUCACAGACACCGUUGGGGCCGUCGCAGUCGACACAUACGGCAACAUCGCCUGCGGAGCAUCCUCCGGCGGCAUCGGCAUGAAACAUCGCGGACGCAUCGGUCCCGCAGCACUGGUCGGCAUCGGUGCAGCCGUCAUACCCGUCGACGAGGCAGACUCCGAGCGCACCACCGUUGCUACAGUUACCAGCGGCACGGGUGAGCACAUGGGAACGACAAUGGCCGCCGUCACCUGCUCCGACCGCAUCUACCACAACGUCCGUAAAGCGGCAAAUGGCGGAUACGAGGAGUGCGCCGAAGACGAAGCCAUCCACCAUUUCAUCCAAAAGGACUUUAUGGAUCAUCCAAGCGUGCGUCAGUCCCAUUCCACCGGCGCCAUCGGCGUGCUCUCCGUGAAGAAGUCCAAGGAUGGAGUGUAUCUGUACUUCGGACACAAUACCGACUCUUUUGCGCUGGCAUCCAUGCAUUCGGACGAGGCCAAGCCCGUGUGUACAAUGAGCCGGAGUAAAGGUGGCGGCAUCAUUGCGCAAGGUGGACGAGCCAUUCGAUACAAGAAGAGGAAAGGUUAG